AUGUGGAUAUUCGGCACAAAUCUUGAGUCAGAGAACAUGACUACAAUCCAUACCCAUUACGACUGUUGCAAUUGCCAUAAACCGUUCGAGCUUACAAAGCUGUUCAUUUGCGCCUCAGAUGGGGAUGAUCUGGGCGUGGAGAAACUAUUGACAAAGUUGUGGUGUCAAGAAUGUGGUAGAACCCAUGAUGACCAUCACAGAACUGCGCGUCGUACUUUGGUGAAUAUUGUUCUGCAAAAAAGCGAGAAGCUCAGGGAUAUUUUCAUGGGACGCACCACGGUCUAUUUGAAUGAGAUCGAAAAAGCAUUUGGGUUAUAUAAAGAGACGCUUGGAAAGCAAUAUGCUGCUUUGGACCAAGCCUCUGAUAAUGAUGCUUUGCUUCACAUGAACAAAGCUUUGGAAGGCAUGAAGAAGGCCGAACGAUAUUUAGGCCAAUUAGCAGGGACAAGAGACUACUUUCGCUUUGGCAAAAAACAUGGACUUCUACCGGUAGAAUCUUACAGCGCAAAUAUUACGAAUGGAUCUGCUACAAAUAUCCCUCAAGAAUACUCAAUCGAGAAACUCUUGGAGUUCUCUGAAAAGGUUGAGAAAGAUCUGAAGGCGAUGCGGCUCCAUGGACCAGACAAGGCAAAAAUCGUCAUCAAUGAGGCGAAAAAGAGGGUCCGAAUCAGCCCGAGGGUCGAGCAAGUAUCGUUUGAUAGCGAUGCUGAUGAAGAUGAGCAAGAAAUCAAUGAUCCCGAAGAGCCAAAACCGGACGAAAUUCUGGUUCACACCCCGCCACCUCAACACAAUCCUUGGAAUACAUCUCCUUUUCCUCCUCCUCCUCCUCAAAUCCCCUCGUCACCCAUCGCUACCGGCUCAAGAACAGAUGCCUUUCAACAAGGAUUCCCGACCCAUGCGGAAAAAACCCCCAGUAGCAAGCGAGACCUGAUACAAAAGUGCCUUCCGGAUUUUUUGCCACCGAAAUUUGGCCAAUUUAAAGAGCCGGCGCCGUUCUCUCAGCCGGUUAAUAUUGUUCCAAUUGGUUAUGGGCAUCAACCGGCCUACAUGACUCCAUUUGAUGGAUUCCCGCAAAUUCAGCCAAUGCUCGUCCCAGCCCCAAUAGCCUACGACUAUCAAGCAGAAGCCUAUCGAAAGGAGUUGAAGCGGGGCUAUUUGAGCCCAAGAUUUCUUCAAAUUACAGACCUGAAUUUCAACGAUGAACACCACCUGACAAUGCUCGUCUCCACUUCCGCCGACGUGGCGAUGUUGAUCCGUUUUGAAGAGUGGGACCCUCGAGGAUCCGGAGUGAAGAUCAAUUUUCCGCAUCAACCAGACCCCCGUCCAUACUAUAAGAUGGCUUUCGAAGCCUUUCCGCAUGAGAGCUACAAGAUUGACAUCGACUUUUCGCAGGCUGGGCACGUCUUGAAAUAUUAUUCGCAGCAAAACAACCAGCACUAUGGCUACGUUAGAAUCUCGGCGAAAAGCCGGCUCAGCGACCCAGACGCCAAAUAUAGCAUGGCCUACGUCACGGUGCUCCUGAAAUUUGAUGGCAAUUGUUGGAUCCCAAGCCUGAGUCCGGAUCCACCCAGCGAUCACUAUAAAUAUCGAAAGAAA